AUGCCAAAAACCCUGUUCUAUAUUUUACCUGUGGUGUUUGCAAUCUUUGUUUACUGGAGCAUGGACAACACUCAACAACCUUUGGAAUGGGAUCACUCCCCUGAGCAGAUUUUGCAGCUGGCAGAUCAGCUGAUCACAGAGGGCAGGGAGCUCGACGACCUCGUCGCCAGCACCGCGGACAAUGCGUCGUUUAAAAACACCAUCGCGCCAAUUGCCCAUCUGGAAAACGUGCAAGCCAGAAUAUCCAACCAGAUUACUUUUUACCAGCAUGUUUCUGCCUCGAAGGAGCUUCGAGACGCCUCCAACGAGGCCGACAAAAAGCUCAGAGAGUUCAGCAUCGAGUCCGGCCUGCGUGAGGACGUCUACAAGGCGAUCCAUGCUGUCUACGAAAACGAGCUGGACAAAUUGGAGGGGGAGGACAAGAGAUUCUUGGAAAAAGUCCACCGUCAGUAUGAACGCAAUGGAUUGAACAAGCCUGAGAAUGUUCGAGAGCAAAUCAAGAACCUCAAGCAGAAGCUGUCCACUUACGCUCUCGAAUUCUCCAAAAAUUUGGGUGAAGAAACUGAGCACAUUUGGUUCACCAAGGAGGAGCUCGAGGGUGUCCCCGAGGACGUUGUGGCCCAGUUUGAGCAGGAAAACGGCAAGUACAAGAUGACAUUCAAAUAUCCUGACCUGUUCCCUGUUUUGAAGUAUGCCAAGAACCCAGAGACCCGGAAACGGGCGUUUGUGGGCGACCAGAACAAGGUGAAGGAAAACGGCCCGCUUCUGAAACAGGCCGUCGAGACUCGUGCCGAACUGGCCAAACUGCUCGGCUAUGAAAACUUCUCGGAGUAUAUUCUGGAGGAGCGCAUGGCAAAGACACCAAAGACCGUCAUGGACUUUUUGGUUGACCUCAGAGACAAGCUCAAGCCAUUGGGAAAACAAGAAAUUCAGAAUUUGGAGAAGCUAAAGCAAAAAGAGACGGGAGAUCUCGAGUACUAUGUUUGGGAUCACAGAUACUACCACAAUAAAAUGCUUGAGGAGCAGUACCAGGUUGAUGAAAAACAAAUAUCCGAAUACUUCCCUUUGAAGCAGACAAUCGAGCGGAUGUUGGCCAUCUACGAGAAAAUCUUCCAGCUGAGAUUCAAGCAGGUUGAGAACCCAAAGACGUGGCAUUCUGAGGUCCAGCAAUUUUCCGUUUGGAAAACCGAUUCCAAAGAAGAAUUUGUUGGAUAUCUGUACUUUGACCUACACCCACGCGAGGGAAAGUACGGACAUGCUGCCAACUUCGGGCUUGCUCCAGGGUACAUUGACGUCAAGACUGGCAGGAAAGUGUACCCUUCAACCUCACUAGUGUGCAACUUUACACGGGAUCUGGCUAAGAAGCCUUCGUUGCUGAAACAUGACGAGGUGGUCACCUUUUUCCACGAGCUGGGCCACGGAAUCCACGAUUUGCUGGGAGAGACCAAGUAUGCCAGAUUCCAUGGCACCUCUGUAAGCUGGGACUUUGUGGAAAUGCCGUCUCAGCUGCUGGAAUAUUUCUGCUGGAGCAAGGACCAGCUCAAAUUUCUGUCAGGCCACUAUGAAACCGGAGAGGCACUUCCUGAUAACCUGAUAGACUCUCUGAUCAAAUCCAAGAACGUCAAUGGCGCGCUGUUCAACUUGCGCCAGCUGCACUUUGGAUUGUUCGACAUGAGCCUCCACACCUCUGUCGACGGCAAGGUUGACAUGGACCGUCUGUGGAACGACCUGCGUGAGGAGGUAGCUCUGGUGAAAAACGGCGGCCAAACCACCACCGGAUACGCUUCAUUUGGCCAUCUCAUGGGCGGCUAUGCCUCCGGUUACUAUGGGUACCUAUGGUCACAAGUCUUUGCUGCAGACAUUUUCUACACCAAGUUCAAGGAGGAUCCAUUUAACGUGAAGAGCGGUCUGGAGUACAGAAGAAAGGUGCUGGAAAAGGGAGGUUCACAGGAGGAAAUGGAUCUUUUGGUUGAUCUUCUUGGCAGAAAGCCCUCGUCGGAUGCAUUUUUGCAGGAGUUGGGAUUGCAAAAGGCUAGCAACUGA